AUGACGAAAUUUGAUAGAAAUGAAGAAAUUAAUGGUAGUGACAUAUGCAGAACGAUAGAAGUAGCGGCGGUGGAGUCCUCGCCACCACCAUCACCGCCACUGAAGCUGUCAUUUUCCGGUGAUAAUUGUGAAGUAGAUGAGCUAUUUCUUCCACCUCUCAAUUUUGCUGUGGUUGAUAAUGGCGUUUUUAGGUCUGGUUUUCCAGACGUGGAUAAUUUCUCAUUUCUUCAAUCACUCAAUCUCUGCUCUAUCGUAUAUUUGUGUCCCGAGCCUUACCCGGUGCCCAACAUGGAGUUUCUCAAAUCGAAUCGGAUUAAGUUAUUCCAGUUCGGAAUGGAAGGAAGUAAAGAGCCAUUUGUGAACAUACCCGAGGAUAAAAUUCGUGAAGCAUUAAAAGUUGUCCUUGAUGUGAAGAAUCACCCUCUAUUGAUCCAUUGCAAACGAGGAAAGCACCGGACUGGUUGUCUUGUGGGAUGCCUGAGAAAAUUACAAAGAUGGUGUCUAACUUCGGUUUUUGAUGAGUACCAGCGCUUUGCAGCAGCCAAAACACGCGUUUCGGAUCAGAGGUUUAUGGAAUUGUUUGAUACGUCGAGUUUCAAGCACCUACCGAUGACAUUUUCAACUUCAAAGAGGUACAAAUAA